GGACUCUGUGAAGUUCUUAACCACUGUCAUGAAUAAAUGCCACUAAAAUUUUAAGAAUUAUUUAUGGCACCUACCUAUGCAUGCUUUAGGGAACACAUUUUUUACCUUAAAGUUCUGAGCAGCUGGAAGGCUGAGCCUCUUUGAACACCUCUGUUUGCAGCCUCAAAAAGCUUAAGAUUUCUUCCUGCCCAGUCAAAUGGUGCAUGGAGUGACCAGCACGUCUCACACACAUUUAUUUGACUUUUUAGGGCCCCCAACCAGCCUUUUCCAGCCGCCCCGGCGCCCAGGCCUGGGCACUGUUGGGAAACCCAUCCGGCUCCUGGCCAACCACUUCCAGGUUCAGAUCCCCAAGAUUGAUGUUUAUCACUAUGAUGUGGAUAUCAAACCAGAGAAACGCCCCCGAAGAGUCAACAGGGAGGUGGUGGACACGAUGGUGAGGCACUUCAAGAUGCAGAUAUUUGGGGAUCGGCAGCCUGGCUACGAUGGGAAGCGGAACAUGUACACAGCACACCCCUUACCCAUUGGCAGGGACAGAGUGGAUAUGGAGGUUACACUUCCAGGAGAGGGGAAGGACCAGACAUUUAAGGUUUCCAUUCAGUGGGUGUCAGUCGUCAGCCUUCAGAUGCUGCUGGAAGCUCUGGCAGGGCACUUGAAUGAAGUUCCUGAAGAUUCUGUACAGGCACUGGAUGUAAUCACACGGCACCUUCCCUCCAUGAGGUACACUCCUGUGGGUCGCUCCUUUUUCUCCCCUCCUGAAGGUUAUUACCACCCCCUGGGAGGGGGCAGGGAGGUCUGGUUUGGCUUCCACCAGUCUGUCCGUCCUGCCAUGUGGAACAUGAUGCUCAACAUUGAUGUGUCAGCGACUGCUUUCUAUCGUGCCCAGCCUAUCAUUGAGUUCAUGUGCGAGGUCUUGGACAUCCAGAACAUCAGUGAACAAAGCAAACCUCUGACAGACUCCCAGCGUGUCAAGUUUACCAAAGAAAUCAGAGGUCUAAAAGUAGAGGUGACCCACUGUGGCCAGAUGAAGAGAAAAUACCGAGUUUGCAACGUUACCCGGCGACCAGCCAGCCACCAGACGUUCCCUCUGCAGCUGGAGAAUGGGCAGGCCAUGGAGUGCACAGUAGCUCAGUAUUUUAAGCAGAAGUACAGUCUGCAGCUGAAAUACCCUCACCUGCCGUGUCUCCAAGUGGGACAGGAGCAGAAACACACGUACCUGCCACUGGAGGUGUGUAACAUCGUGGCUGGCCAGAGGUGCAUCAAGAAGCUCACGGACAAUCAGACCUCGACCAUGAUAAAAGCAACAGCCAGGUCUGCCCCAGACAGGCAGGAGGAGAUCAGCAGACUGGUGAAGAGUAACAGUAUGGUUGGUGGGCCUGAUCCCUAUCUGAAGGAGUUUGGAAUUGUUGUCCAUAACGAAAUGACAGAGCUGACAGGCAGAGUUCUGCCAGCCCCAAUGCUGCAGUAUGGAGGCAGGAACAAGACUGUGGCCACACCAAACCAAGGCGUGUGGGACAUGAGAGGGAAACAGUUCUAUGCUGGCAUUGAGAUUAAAGUUUGGGCUGUUGCCUGUUUUGCUCCUCAGAAACAAUGCAGGGAAGACUUGCUGAAGAGUUUCACAGACCAGCUGCGCAAGAUCUCCAAGGACGCCGGGAUGCCCAUCCAGGGCCAGCCCUGCUUCUGCAAGUACGCCCAGGGUGCAGACAGCGUGGAGCCCAUGUUCAAACACUUAAAGCUGACUUAUGUUGGCCUGCAGCUCAUCGUGGUGAUUCUGCCUGGGAAGACACCGGUGUACGCUGAAGUCAAGCGGGUUGGAGAUACUCUUCUAGGCAUGGCCACUCAGUGUGUUCAGGUAAAGAACGUGGUCAAAACCUCUCCACAAACGCUGUCCAACCUGUGUCUGAAGAUCAAUGCCAAGCUUGGAGGAAUCAACAAUGUGCUGGUACCUCAUCAAAGGCCCUCAGUGUUCCAGCAGCCAGUGAUCUUUCUGGGAGCAGAUGUCACUCACCCUCCCGCCGGGGACGGGAAGAAGCCGUCGAUCGCGGCCGUGGUGGGCAGCAUGGACGGGCACCCCAGCCGCUACUGCGCCACGGUGCGCGUGCAGACCUCGCGCCAGGAGACCUCCCAGGAGCUGCUCUACAGCCAGGAGGUGAUCCAGGACCUGACCAACAUGGUGCGGGAGCUGCUGAUCCAGUUCUACAAAUCCACUCGCUUCAAGCCCACCAGGAUCAUUUACUACAGAGGGGGAGUGUCGGAAGGACAGAUGAAACAGGUAGCUUGGCCAGAGCUGAUCGCUAUCCGGAAGGCCUGCAUUAGUUUGGAGGAAGAUUAUAGACCUGGAAUAACCUACAUUGUUGUGCAGAAAAGGCAUCACACCAGGCUGUUCUGUGCUGACAAAACUGAAAGGGUGGGUAAAAGUGGCAACGUACCAGCAGGCACUACUGUGGACAGCACCAUCACACAUCCCUCUGAAUUUGACUUUUACCUCUGUAGCCAUGCAGGAAUUCAGGGAACCAGCCGGCCCUCCCACUACCAGGUGUUGUGGGAUGACAACUGCUUCACAGCAGACGAGCUGCAGCUGCUGACGUACCAGCUGUGCCACACGUACGUGCGCUGCACCCGCUCCGUCUCCAUCCCCGCGCCCGCCUACUAUGCCAGGCUGGUGGCAUUUCGGGCCAGGUACCAUCUUGUGGACAAGGAUCACGACAGCGCUGAGGGCAGCCACGUGUCAGGGCAGAGCAACGGCCGCGAUCCGCAGGCGCUGGCCAAGGCCGUGCAGAUCCACCAUGACACCCAGCACACCAUGUAUUUCGCUUGAGAGCACCUGGGAAGAUGAGGCUAAACAACUACCCAUGCAGUCCUGAAGUGUUUGGAAGCCUCCUGCUCUAUCCAGGGCCGGGGGAUUUCGGACUGCCCACUACCAGCAGCUCCGGACAGUCGCACUGAAUUUGUUCUUCACUGCAACGUCUGAUGCACCAACACAAUUGAGCCAUUUGUUUCAUUGUUUUCUGUACUAGAAAUCCAUAGACUUGUCUUUUCUGAUGCAUUGGACUGAAUUUUUACCUCAAAGCGCAAAGGCCGAUCAUCCUGAAAUUUUUCAAGGACUUGGCACGAAAGGUUUCUAUCAAAUCUUUUGCUAGCUGUGGUUUUUUCAGUUCUCCUCAUCCCAUGAGCUGACGGUGACUGCUGCUCUGUCUCCGUGCCCUGCUUCGUGAGUAUGAUGUGAUGGCAAAAUGUUUUAUCCAGCUCGCUGUAAUCCUUCUGUCGUGUGGGGCCAUAGAUUUUUUUAUGGAGAUUUUAGACUUCACUACUGUAAAUGCCUUUUAACAAACAUAACUUUCACAGGUAUUGCAGUUUUUUGUCAGUUUUACUAAUUAUCUUUUUAAUCUCUGCAGACUUGGGCUGCAAAGCAAUUGCACUAUACUGCGAGUUAAUAGGUGGUUCUUGUUCUGUGAAUGUGUAAUAUAACCAAUAGUGAUGCCUGUCAGUAGAUUUUAAUGAUAAUGGUUACAAAUAAUACUGCCAUGGUAUCGUAACAAGUACUGAACCAUCAUUUCCCCCCUCAAAAAAUGAUAAAACAAAAAAAAAA